AGUAGAUCAGUGACCUUCCUCUGAGCUGACGAUGACGAGGACGUCUGUUGUUCUCUGACACAAGCUGGGUUGUUUUUUCCACUUUGGGACCAUUUUUCCACUUUUUAAUUUGUAUAAAUAAAUCUGUCGGCUCCCUGUGAGUCGGCGUAUCUGCCGCCAAAGCUGCUUCCUGUCCACAGAUCGUACACUUGACUGCUUUUAGAGUUUUUACGCAGACUGUGCCAAAAUGUCUCUACUUGUAGCUGACCUGAGCAGAGGAGAGAUGACGGAGUUCCAGGAGAAGCUGCGGCAGCAGCACGAGGAGUUGAUGCACCGUGAGCUGGAGGGGCUGCUCGCUACGGGCAACACAGCGGAGGCGGAGAUCUCCAGGAAAGACUUUGAUGGCUUCAAGAACCUCUUCCACAGAUUCCUGCGGGUCAAAGGUCCUUCAGUCGAGUGGCCCAAGAUCAACCGGCCGCCAGAGGAAGCGAUCCAGCCCUAUGAGAAGAUCAAAGCCAAGGGUCUCCCCGCCGACAUCGCCGCCAGCCUCAACAAGCUGGCCGUGGUCAAACUGAAUGGCGGUCUGGGGACCAGCAUGGGCUGCAAGGGCCCCAAGAGUCUGAUCAGCGUCCGCAGCGAGAACACGUUCCUGGACCUGACGGUGCAGCAGAUCGAGCAUCUGAACAAAACCUUCAACGCCAACGUUCCACUGGUUCUGAUGAACUCGUUCAACACUGACGAAGACACAAAUAAAAUCCUGCAGAAAUACAAACACCAUCGAGUUGAUAUACACACAUUCAACCAGAGCAGGUAUCCAAGAAUCAACAAAGAGUCUCUGCUGCCCGUCGCCAAACACCUGGGAAUGAGCGGCGACAACACCGAUGCGUGGUACCCACCGGGACACGGCGACAUCUACGCCAGCUUCCACAACUCGGGGCUGCUGGACCAACUCAUCUCGGAGGGGAAGGAGUACAUCUUCGUGUCCAACAUCGACAACUUGGGCGCCACCGUCGACCUCUUCAUCCUCCACCACCUGAUGAGUCAGCCGGCAGACAAGCGCUGCGAGUUCAUCAUGGAGGUCACCGACAAGACCAGAGCCGACGUCAAGGGCGGGACGCUGAUCCAGUACGAGGAUCAUCUGAGGCUGCUGGAGAUUGCACAAGUGCCGAAGGCUCACGUCGACGAGUUCAAGUCCGUCACCAAGUUCAAGAUUUUCAACACCAACAACCUGUGGAUCUCACUGCCGGCCAUCAAGAGGCUGCAGGAGCAGAACAAGAUGGACCUGGAGAUCAUCGUCAACCCCAAGACUUUGGACGGCGGCCUGAACGUCAUCCAGUUGGAGACGGCGGUGGGCGCCGCAAUCAAGAGCUUUAAAAACGCCAUGGGUGUGAAUGUCCCGCGUAGCCGCUUCCUGCCGGUGAAGACGUCGUCUGACCUCCUGCUGGUGAUGUCGAACCUCUACAGUCUGGACGCUGGCUCGCUCACCAUGAGCAAGAAGAGAGAGUUCCCCACGACGCCGCACGUCAAGCUGGGCAGCUCCUUCACCAAGGUUCAGGAAUUUCUCGCCAGAUUUGAGAACAUUCCGGAAAUGUUGGAGCUGGAUCACCUCACGGUCUCCGGAGACGUCACCUUCGGGAAAAAUGUUUCUUUGAAGGGAACCGUCAUCAUCAUCGCGAAUCACGGAGAUCGGAUUGAUAUUCCCGCUGGAGCGAUGCUGGAGAAUAAGAUCGUCUCCGGAAACCUGCGCAUCCUUGACCACUGAGGCUUCUCUAUGAGGAGUUUGGGGUUUGGUUCCAUGUUGACAACAGACUAAUAAAAUCAGCUAAGUUUAAGAUACUGGUGUCUAUGAUAUCAUAAGAACAUGUUCACGUCUUUAUCUCACUGUUAGACAGACAUUUCCAACAGGAAACGGAAGUUUGUAGAACCACUCACUCUCCCACACCAAAGUCCAUAGAGAAAAUCAGUGUUUUUAACAUCACAGUACACAGGAGUUGUUGAUCCACUGCUGCCUCCAUCACUGAGUUCAAAUGUCUUAUUUUUGUGACUUCUGUGUUUAAAACCCUUUGUUCAGAUUUACCUCAGUGACACAAAGUGACCACAGGAGGCAGCAGUGGACCAGCAGCUCUGUCUAACAGUGAGAUAAAGACGUGGACAUGUUCUUAGAUCGCUGUAGAUUUGUCCUUUUACCUUUGAUAGAACCUUCUCAAACAGACUGUCCAUGAUGGCCACCAGCUUAGCUGAGAUUUGGUCGUUGUAGUCCUGUAUAAAAAAUGUAAAAACUAAAAAAGGUGUUUAUUUA